GCCCAGCCCGGCCGGCAGUGAGGCGUGAGGGGAGAGCCGCCGCCGAGCCCUGCCGCCCCGUCGCUCGCCACAGGUAGGCACGGCCCGGGGGCGGAGGGAUGCGGGCGUUACCUGCCCGGCUCUGAGCACGCGGAGGCAGGUGUGUGUGGGGGGGGGGGAGAAGCGAGCCCCUCGACUUUUGCAGGGGAAUUUCUUGUGCGGGAGGCGGGUCGGGGCGGGGGGGCUGCAGCGAUCAGCAAAACUCCAGCUCCCUCCGUGGGAAACUGGGAGCUCCUCUGCAACCGCUGGCACAGAUGGAGUAGGGGACGGCAAGCCCUGCAAUGGCUUCACCAGUUUCCCUGCCCGUGCACUGAGAACUAUCAGGAGAAGCAGCCUACAGACUUGCAAAUUGCCCCACCACCCUGAGCGUGAGGAAUCUGAGAUGAGAAUAGCUAGAUGCUGAUGAUCUUUGACACAGUUGCUCUCUUAUGUAUGCUGACAGGGUAAAAAGCUUGAACAUGCCUCGUAGCCCAACAUCAAGCGAAGAUGAAAUGGCACAAAGCUAUUCCGACUAUUCUGUUGAGUCUGAAUCUGACAGUUCCAAAGAAGAAACUAUUUAUGACACAAUCAGAGCAACUGCAGAAAGGCCAAGCAGCAGAAUGGAUGACAGUCAGAGCAACACUCUGGUGAUUCGAAUUAUAAUACCUGAUCUACAGCAAACGAAAUGCAUUAGAUUUAACCCAGAAGCUUCAGUGUGGGUUGCAAAGCAACGAAUUUUGUGCACUUUGAAUCAGAGUUUGAAAGAUGUCCUGAAUUAUGGAUUGUUCCAGCCAGCAAGCAAUGGUAGAGAUGGAAAGUUCUUGGAUGAGGAACGACUUCUCAGGGAAUACCCACAGCCGGUGAAUAAAGGAGUUCCUUCCCUAGAGUUUCGAUACAAGAAAAGAGUGUACAAACAGUUCAAUCUUGAUGAAAAACAGCUGGCCAAACUUCAUACAAAGGCUAACUUGAGAAAAUUCAUGGAUCAUGUCCACCAUCUCUCAGUGGAAAAAAUCACAAAAAUGUUGGACCGAGGACUGGACCCUAACUAUCAUGACCUAGAAAGUGGAGAAACACCACUAACUUUGGCAGCUCAACUUGACAAUACAGUAGAAGUGAUAAAAGCUCUGAAAAAUGGAGGAGCGCAUUUAGACUUCAGAGCCAAAGAUGGAAUGACAGCUCUGCACAAAGCAGCCAGAGCCAAAAACCAAGUAACCCUCAAGACUCUUUUAGAGCUUGGAGCAUCUCCUAACUACAAAGACAGCUGUGGCCUGACACCGCUGUACCACACUGCUGUUGUGGGGGGGGAUCCUUACUGCUGUGAACUGCUUCUUCAUGAACACGCUACAGUUAGCUGCAAAGAUGAAAAUGGAUGGCAAGAAAUUCAUCAGGCUUGCCGAUAUGGACAUGUCCAACAUCUGGAGCACCUCCUCUUCUAUGGUGCCGACAUGUGCGCACAGAACGCAUCGGGAAACACAGCACUGCACAUCUGUGCCCUUUACAACCAGGAGAGCUGUGCCAGGGUGCUGCUAUUCCGGGGAGCAAACAAGGAGAUUAAGAAUUACAACAGCCAGUCUCCGUUUCAGGUGGCUAUAAUAGCAGGAAAUUUUGAGCUUGCUGAAUAUAUCAAGAAUCACAGGGAAGCUGAUAUUGGAUCCUGCUUCUCAUAUCCAAGUAGAAGUCCUCGGAAUCUGUUGCUAUCAGUGCCCUUUAGGGAGGCUCCUACCUACUCAAACAGAAGGCGGAGACCCCCAAGCACCUUAGCAGCACCACGUAUCUUGCUUCGUUCCAACAGCGACAACAACCUGAACAUCAACAAUAUCCCCGAGUGGUCAGCCUCCUCUUCUGCGUCUUCCCACCGCAGCCUUUCACCUCAUCUACUUCAACAGAUGCAGAAUAAUCCUAAUGGAACUGUAAAAACUGUGGGGAGCUACACUCCAUCCUCCCGGAGCCGGUCACCGUCCCUAAACAGGUUGGGAGAGGAUGGCAAACGGCAGCAGCACCGGCACAUCAGUGCUGUUUACAAUCCUAGUGCCAACAAGGAUACUCUGUCUGCCUUGGAUUACCAGGGUCCAAAACGCAAGCUUUACAGUGCUGUACCUGGAAGACUUUUUAUUGUCGUAAAGCCAUAUCAACCUCAAGGAGAAGGGGAAAUUCAUCUGCACAAAGGAGACAGAGUAAAAGUUUUAAGCAUUGGUGAAGGUGGAUUCUGGGAAGGCAGCACCCGGGGACAUAUUGGAUGGUUUCCUGCAGAAUGCGUUGAAGAAGUUCAGUGUAAACCGAAUGAAAGCAAACCAGAAACACGAACAGAUAGAACAAAGAAACUGUUUAGACACUACACAGUUGGAUCCUAUGACAGCUUUGAUGCUUCAAGUGACUGCAUUAUAGAAGAAAAGGCAGUGGUCCUGCAGAAAAAAGACAAUGAAGGAUUUGGAUUUGUGCUCAGAGGGGCAAAAGCUGACACACCAAUUGAAGAAUUCACCCCAACUCCAGCCUUUCCUGCUUUGCAGUACUUGGAAUCUGUGGAUGAAGGGGGAGUAGCAUGGCAAGCUGGCCUGAGAACCGGGGACUUUUUGAUCGAGGUUAAUAAUGAGAAUGUCGUGAAAGUUGGCCACAGGCAGGUGGUGAAUAUGAUCCGACAAGGGGGCAAUCACCUAGUUCUAAAGGUUGUCACAGUAACAAGGAAUCUUGAUCCAGAUGACACAGCUAGAAAGAAAGCCCCACCACCUCCUAAGCGAGCUCCAACCACUGCACUGACCUUGCGGUCUAAGUCAAUGACCUCAGAGCUUGAAGAGCUUGUGGAUAAAGCUUCAGUACGGAAGAAGAAGGAUAUUGUCCCUUCACAUUUUGAAGGUUUGAAGAAGAGGAUUGUUUUUCGAGUCACACUAAAUAAGGUGGAUGAAAUAGUACCAGUUUCCAAGCCAUCAAGAAUUGCAGACAAUGCAACUGUGGAUUCAAGAGUGGCAACUAUUAAACAGCGGCCUUCUAGUAGAUGUUUUCCCUCAGCUACAGAUAUGAAUUCCAUGUAUGAGAGACAGGGUAUUGCUGUGAUGACGCCCACUGUACCAGGGAGUCCUCAAGGUCCUUUUCUGGGUAUACCUCGGGGUACAAUGAGAAGACAAAAAUCUAUAGGAAUAACAGAGGAAGAACGGCAGUUUUUGGCUCCUCCUAUGCUGAAGUUUACCAGAAGUCUUUCAAUGCCUGACACCUCUGAAGAUAUCCCUCCACCACCUCAGUCCUUACCCCCUUCACCACCACCACCUUCUCCCUCUCUGUACAACGCUCCCAAAUCCCCAACGUCACGGAGCUAUGGAACUAUCAAACCUCCAUUUAAUCAGAAUUCAGGUGCAAAAAUUUCUUUGGUUAGGCCUGAAAAUGUGGGAACAAUGAUAAGGGACAAAGGGAUCUAUUACAGACGAGAACUGGACCGCUACUCUCUGGACUCUGAGGACCUGUACAGUCGGAGUGCCACAGCUCAGGCAAAUUUCAGGAACAAGAGAGGUCAGAUGCCUGAAAACCCAUAUUCUGAGGUGGGGAAGAUUGCAAGCAAAGCAGUUUAUGUACCAGCCAAACCAGCAAGACGGAAGGGGAUGCUAGUUAAACAAUCCAACGUUGAAGAUAGUCCAGAAAAGACCUGCUCUAUUCCAAUCCCCACAAUUAUUGUGAAAGAGCCGUCCACCAGCAGCAGUGGGAAGAGCAGCCAAGGGAGCAGCAUGGAAAUCGACCCUCAGUCUUCAGAGCAACCUGGGCAACUCCGACCUGAUGACAGUUUAGGCGUCAGCAGUCCAUUUGCAGCAGCCAUUGCUGGAGCGGUGAGGGACAGGGAAAAGCGGCUGGAAGCGAGGCGUAAUUCUCCAGCCUUCCUCUCCACAGACCUAGGAGAUGAAGAUGUUGGACUAACACCACCAACACCACGUAUGAGGCAAUCUAAAUUUACUGAUGAAGCGAUGUUUAGUAGUGAAGAUGGCUUUAGGCAGCUUAUGUCACCAUCUCCGAUUCCCGCACCUAGAGAGCCUGAAAAUCUUUUUAAUAGCAGUGAACCCAGCAAUCAAAGUGAUGCAAGGACAUUAAAUGCUUCGUCCAAAACGAAAGGUACUGAAAACAGUACAGCGGCAGCUAAGUCCACGAAUGCAUCCACCUCCGAUAAUUACGUUCACCCAGUCACAGGAAAGCUGCUAGAUCCAAACUCACCGCUAGCCCUUGCUCUCUCUGCCAGGGACAGAGCCAUGAAAGAACAAACACAGCAGAUUCCAGGCAAAGUGGACACUGUUAAGGCAGACCUUAAUAAACCACUUUACAUCGAUACAAAGCUGAGACCCAAUAUUGAAACGACAUUUCCUGUUACUGCUACUGUCACUAGGCAAAAUACUCGUGGCCCACUACGAAGGCAGGAGACUGAGAACAAGUACGAAACAGAUGCAGGGAAAGAAAAGAAGGCUGAAGAGAAGAAAAACAUGUUGAUAAACAUUGUGGAUACUUCACAGCAGAAGUCAGCUGGCUUGUUAAUGGUUCAUACUGUGGACACGGCAAAGUCAGAUGAUACGCCUGAGGAUGAAGAGGAAAAGGGAGCUGAAAUGGAACCGAGCCCCGAAAACUCCCUGCCAGAGAGGCCAGAGGGGAGCGAGGAAGCUGAAAGUGAGCUGAAUGUGCCUGCUGUGCCUGAGCCACCGGCAUCUCCCUGCAAAACCAUUGUGGCAGCGAGCUCUGUCGACGACCCAGUCAUCUUGCCCUUCCGCAUCCCCCCGCCACCCUUAGCAUCAGUUGAUAUUGAUGAAGAAUUUAUUUUUACUGAGCCACUACCACCCCCCUUAGAGUUUGCCAACAGCUUUGACAUCCCUGAUGACCGCUCAGUGCCCGCUUCAGCUCUCACGGACUUGAUUAAGCAAAGGAAAAAUGGCACACCUUCACCUGCGCCAUUCGUCACCAGCCAGUCAACCAAUUCCUUAGACAGUAAAAAGCAAGUGGGUCUUUCAAACUGUUUGCCUGCCUCCUUUCUGCCACCCCCUGACAGCUUUGACAACGUCACUGACUCUGGGAUUGAGGAGGUAGACAGUCGGAGUAGUAGUGACCAUCACUUAGAGACAACCAGCACUAUCUCAACAGUGUCCAGCAUCUCUACCUUAUCCUCGGAAGGGUGCGAGAACGUGGAUACUUGUACAGUCUAUGCAGAUGGGCAAACAUUUCUGGUGGACAAACCCCCAGUACCUCCUAAGCCAAAAAUGAAGCCCAUAAUCAACAAAAGCAAUGCACUUUACAAGGAUGCGCUAAUUGAAGAAACUGUAGACAGCUUUGUUAUUCCUCCUCCCGCUCCACCCCCACCUCCCAUCAGUGCGCAGCCCAAUAUGGCAAAGGUUGUUCCCCAAAGGACAUCUAAGCUAUGGGGGGAUGUGACGGAGGUGAAAAGCCCAAUUCUCUCAGGCCCAAAGGCUAAUGUUAUUAGUGAAUUGAACUCAAUACUCCAGCAAAUGAACAGAGAGAAAUCCUCAAAGCCAGGGGAAGGAUUGGAGUCACCUACUGGAACAAAAACUGCAAGUCUCAGUACAAGGAGCACAGAAGUCAUGAGUACUGUCUCAGGUACACGAAGUACAACAAUCACUUUCACUGUCCGACCUGGAACCAGCCAGCCGAUCACACUGCAGAGCAGGUCCCCAGACUAUGACAGUAGGACCUCAGGAGCACGACAUGCUCCAAGCCCUGUGGUUUCACCAACAGAGAUUAAUAAAGACAUCAUGCCUGCUCCUCUGACUGCUUCUGCUUCAGCUUCAUCUCCUUCUCCAACUCUGUCCGAUGUAUUUAGCCUACCCAGCCAGCCCCCCUCUGGGGACUUAUUUGGCUUGACCACAGGGCGCAGCAGGUCUCCUUCUCCCUCAAUAUUACAACAGCCAAUCUCAAAUAAGCCUUUUACAACUAAGCCUGUCCACCUGUGGACUAAACCAGAUGUGGCAGAUUGGUUGGAAAGUCUAAACUUAGGUGAACAUAAAGAAACAUUUAUGGACAAUGAAAUAGAUGGCACUCAUUUACCAAAUCUACAAAAGGAAGAUCUGAUAGACCUUGGAGUGACUAGAGUUGGGCACAGAAUGAACAUAGAAAGAGCUUUGAAACAGCUGCUGGACAGAUAAGAAUAGCUAUUUUGCCUCACAAACUUCUGUUGAUAACUAGAGAUGGGCUGGUACUGAAAUACCCCAAAUGCCUUGUCUGUCUGCGAGUGCCAGCAAAAUUAGGGGGGAAAAAUAAAACAGUUUAAUUCCUGGUACUCAGGUAAUGCAGACUGUAUGUUACACACCCAAAUAUAAAUCUAAAUGUGUUGCACGAGUGGGGCCAUUUUAUUUCAAAGUUGUGGGGAGAUACGAGAGAGAGAGAGAGAGAGAAAAUUGUUAACUUCAAAAAUAUUACCAUCUAUUGAUACUGCCCUUCUGCUGGAACCAUUACAGACCAGUUUUCUUUUAACUUCAAAUUGCAAGCAUUUUUUUUUCCUUAAUUGAAAAGCACUUCUUGACAUUCAUUCAGUCUCCCAGCAGGCUUCCUUUCCCAAAGCUUAGUUUAUUUAAAGAGGACAGAUUGUUUCAUUACCAUUCAAAUCCAUUUUUGUUAGCAGAGGCACAAUAUUGAGACAGGUACAGGAGUUCGUAUAACUAAGUUUAGCUCUCCGAUUUGUUGGCAGAGAAGCUGGUUGUUCUGCUGGAAUUAGCUCAAAGGUAACCUUGCUCUGUUUUACCUGGUAUUUCUUUAUUUCUGCAGUUAUACUUAGCACUCUUCCAAGGUGGCAGAACAAGUUCAAUACAUGCUCCAUUAACGUGACCUGUAAGACGAUGCAGACAUUUCAUAAAAACUGAGAAGGAAUGCUCACUUAGAGGUACAACAAAAUGAAGCUAGUUUGAACCUGAGACCCCCAGUUUUCAACCAGCUAAACUACUGCUAAGUCGCAAUGUGAACUCUGCAAACCAGAAACAAAAAUUGGGUUUAUGUACAGCUGCAUCUUCAGGACUUCUUCACAGUCAGAUAUCAAAUACACUGAACCCUGAGUGAUACUGUCUAAUCCGGUGAGUGAUAAGUACUUAGCUAUUUUGAACAUCAGGCCAAGAAAGAUUAAGUAUAUGAACGUUCCCAUUGAAGUCAAUGAGAAGGUUGCCAGUAUUUUAAGUAAGAGAGGGAUUUCAAGCUGUUAGCAGAAAUAGAAAUAGUUUAUAUUAAAAAAAAAAAAAAAAAAAAAAAAGAACAAGGGGGGGAAAAAGAACAAACAAAAAAAGGAAAGCUAAUGCCAAGACAGACUGAGGUAUGUGGUGUCCCAGAGCAUAUGUGCUUAAGGGGCAAGGGAACUGGUAGGUAUCCGGUUUCUCAUUUUUAUUGCUAUUAACAACUAUGGGCUUCUGGACAAGAAGAGCAGAGUGAGCACCUCCCGGGGGGCUGAACGCUUCCCAUGGCCACCCGUGAUUGCUGUGCAGGUGGCAGUGAGCAUGCCCUGCUCCAGGCCAGAGCUGCCAGGAGACCUUGGCAGCAGGGGGAACACACACAUUUGGUCAGUCUGACUAUUUCAUUUUAUUUUUUUUUUUUAAGUUAACAAGUCUCUCUCUGCAUGUUUGACCUCCCCUUGUAAUUAACACCUCUAAAUAUCUGUGAGUUUUGUAGGUCUUUAUUAACGUAAUACUCAAGAUGUUCAAGGUGGAUAAAUUGUGUGUGGAUGGCUAGACUGCCUACCUACCAUACUUUCAGGUUCUCUUACAUUUUGCAAGAUACCUGAACUUUCUUUCCUUGAUAUGGUCCUUGAUAUGGUCCAGCCUAUCUCUAAUUUUUUUAUUGUAAUUAUUUUUGCUCACAAACAAGUGUCUAAUUAGGUCUGCAACAGCCCUAGUAUGAGUACAUAAAGUUUAGCAUUUUAAAUAUCUUUCUUUACUGCAAGUUUAAAUAGUUGUACAGAUAGUUUAUAAGCACAAUAUUUUAAGAAAAUAAGUGGCUGGUCUACUGGGCAGCCUUUGUGCCACUUCAGUGCUAGAAAGUGAAAAACAACAAAAAAAAAAACUUUUGUGGUUUAAUACUAUUUCUGUGGAAUAAUUAUAAAGUCUUGACCUUUUUAAAAUCAACCUCAUUUGGAUGCAUCUGAACCAGCAGAGCUGUGUUAUAUUUUCUAUCUUUGCUAGAACUUCUACAAAGGAGGAUGAAUAUUUCUUCAAAAGUGGUUAUAGUUACCAACGCAUUGGAUACUCAUAAAAAGCAACUUAUUUAGCCUCCUGCCCCCUUUACGGAACAACAAGUCCUUUGACUUAACAUCUGUUACUACGGUAUAUUUGUAUUUGAAAGCUCCAAGUAACCUUGUAAUAAAAACCAAGUGCUAAGGUGUUUUACUUCCAAAAGUACUGCAUUUUUCCAUAGGUGGUGUAGAAGAUGACAGUCUCAUUCAGAUAGUCAACACAGGCAACUUGAGGCCAUCAGAUACUUUCAGAAGUGUACAAAUGGUAAUUUAGCCAUCAUUGUCUUCCAUUUGGUGAUACGACAGAAUUCAGUAAAUAAACCACUAAUGCCAUGGUCUUUUCUUUUUUUUUGUUUUGUUUUGUUUUGUUUCUUUGGGUACAGUUGAUAUUACCUCUAUAAUAUGUGCCAGAAAAUACGUUAGAAAUUACAGUAGUAAAAACAAUGUAGAAGUUGACUUUGAAGCUGCUUUUUACUCACAACCUUAUUGUUGAAUUUCAGUUUAACGAGUGCUGACACACACGGUCAAUUACAGUUGGUGGUAAUCCCUUUCUAACACAGGUGUGUUUCUUGCUCGUCUAUCUUUUCAGGUACUGAAAGAAUAGGUACAAAAUCAUUAGCAGAAAAAGAGGUUUGAAACAUUAAAGAGCUAAUGAAAUAGUUUAUUUUUACAUUGUGUCUUACAAAGUAAACGUAACGAGACCUGAGAGGACCUCCUUUCACCAAUAAAAUGCACCUCUGCCAAGACGAAUCGGUCUCUAGCUCUGUUUGAUGAUUUUGCUACAGAAAGCAAUAGUAACAGAUACGACGUUGCCUCCGAGUACUUUCUUCAGUCUGGAAACGUUGGGGGGAGGAGAGAAGACCCAUUUAUUUCAUGCUUCUAUGAUAGUGAAAAACAAGUUGUUAGAGAUCUAUGAAAUACAUUAUGAUAUUCUGGGUUUUAGGAUCAACUUUUGUUUAUAUACUGUAAUUUAAAUAAAUUGCAUUUACAUGCCUAGUUUCUGUAAUAUUUGUGUAUACAAUACCAAAAUCUUACAAGAUGUAAAUUGUGUAUAACUGCACAGACUCCUUUCCCUAGGUGUCUGAGAACAUUUUCAGUUGAAUUCAUAUAUUAUAAAAUGACUAGAUGUGACUGUUGAUUUACAGAAUUUACAUAUCACAAAAGUUAAUUAUUUGUGGUACUUAAGUUAAUAAAAUAGUGAUUUUUUUCUCCGUUCUUAAAAAGCAUUACCCAGUUGAUCUGGCGAUGAUUAUGUGUAUGAGCCACAAAUAUUGAUAAUUUUUCCAUUACAUUUUUUCUUUUCUUUUCUAGAUAUUACUAUGUUUCUCGCUAUAGUUUGUGUAAGAACUUGUGUUCAUGUUAUCUAUGUUGCUGUAAUUUUUGUGCUUUAAUUCCUCUUAUUUCGACUAAUUAAAAGAUCAAGCUCCUGUAACUUGCACUUUUCCCCAAUCCUUAAUACUCUUGUAUGGCAACCAAAAUUACUGUAAGAAAUAAAUAUAAUAUUGCACUAA